AUGGGGCAAUGUUUGCGGCAUCAGAUGCACUGGGAGGACUUGGAAGAAUACCAGGCCCUGACCUUCCUGACCAGAAAUGAGAUCCUGUGCAUCCAUGACACCUUCCUGAAGCUCUGUCCCCCUGGGAAGUACUACAAGGAGGCAACACUGACCACAGACCAGGUCAGCUCCCUGCCAGCCCUGAGGGUCAACCCUUUCAGAGACCGAAUCUGCAAAGUGUUCUCCCACAACAAUAUGUUCUCCUUUGAGGAUGUGCUGGGCAUGGCAUCUGUGUUCAGUGAGCAGGCCUGCCCCAGCCUGAAGAUCGAGUAUGCCUUUCGCAUCUAUGACUUCAAUGAGAAUGGCUUCAUCGACGAGGAGGACCUGCAGAGGAUUGUCUUCCGACUGCUCAACAGUGACGACGUGUCCGAGGACCUGCUGGCUGACCUCACGAGCCAUGUCCUGAGUGAGUCAGAUCUGGACAACGACAACAUGCUAUCUUUCUCGGAGUUUGAACAUGCGAUGGCCAAGUCUCCAGACUUCAUGAACUCCUUUCGGAUUCACUUCUGGGGAUUUUGA